AUGUCGCUGGCUGGUAAAAUCAGCACUGAAAUUGGGGUUCAUUCAACUGCUGCAAAGUGGUUCAACCUCUACACAACGAAACUGCACGAUGUUCAACACCUUACUGAUAGAAUUCAUGGAACCAAGUUGCAUCAUGGUCAUGACUGGCAUCAGAAUGAUUCCAUCAAACAGUGGACUUAUACCAUAGAUGGUAAGGUUAUAACAUGUCAUGAGAGGGUUGAGUCUGUUGAUGAAGCAAACAAAACAAUCACCUACAAGCUCUUCAGUGGAGACAUCGAUGACCGGUUUAAUAUCUUUAAGCUCAUAUUUCAAGUUCUUGAUAAGGAUCGUGAUGGUGCUUUUAUCAAAUGGACCGUUGAAUAUGAGAGGGUUGAUGAGGAAGUUGAUCCUCCAUUUGGCUACAUGGAGUGCUUGCACAAAUGCACAACAGAUAUUGAUGGUCAUCUUCUCAAGGCAUAG